UCCCCCCCAGCGGCCCCUCCUCACGCGCUAGCAGGACUCUCCCUCCACUCUCUGUUUUCUCUCCCUCCCCUCUCUAACUUUGUUUCGUCCCGAAAACAAACUUCAUCUCAUCGUACUGAUCUUCUCCAGAAGCUCCGCCGUGUUCCGGGCAGACAUGGUCGCGGUGAGGCCGGGCUCCGGGUUCCUGAGCACCGCCUGUGACAGCUGAGCUCCUUCAGCGAUGCCACAGUCCCCUCUGAGACGAUGAGAACACACACCCGCGGGGCCCCCACAGUCUUCUUCAUAAGUCUGCUGUGGCCCCUGCUCGCCGUGCUGGACGUGGGGGCGGCGGCGGAAGUGGACCCCAGCGAAGAAAUCCCCUUCAUGGGGGGGAACUACAAUGGUCACCCGAUGCUGUACUUCAGCCGGGGGGAGGUGGAGGAGCUGCAGUACGCGGCGGGGGGGACUCACAGCGACAUGGCGAGAAGGAUCCGUGAGGCGGGGGAGACCAUGCUGGAACGCCCGGAGCUGUACCUGCCCCCCUGGAGCCCCGCCGAGUUCAGCGCCCGCUGGAACGAGCUGUACGGGAACAACUUGGGGGUGCUGUCCAUGUUCUGCCUGCUCUACCCCCACCGGGCGGGGGCCCUCAACCUCGCCAAGGACUACAUGGAGAGGAUGGCGGCUCAGCCUAGUUGGUUGGUGAAAGACGCUCCCUGGGACGAGGUUCCUUUGGCACACUCUUUGGUGGGGUUCGCCACUGCCUACGACUUCCUGUACGAAUUCCUGAACAAGGGCCAGCAGGAGCGCUUCCUGCAAGUGAUCGGCAACGCGUCGCGCCUCAUGUACGAGAAGUCGUACGUCCGCGGGUGGGGCUUCCAGUACCUGCACAACCACCAGCCCACCAACUGUGUGGCGCUGCUCACAGGGAGCCUGGUCUACAUGACCCAAGGUCAGUGUCUGCCAUCAGGUCUUCAUAUGUUGCUGUUUCCGGCAGGGUGAAGACACGAGGCAGAGAUAUUCAGAUUCCCUUAACGCCAGGGGUGGGAAGGUUGCUUAAAAAAUGUAAUCCGUUACAAUAACUAAUUACCUGUUAAAAAAGUGAUGUAAUCUAAUUAGCCCACUAUUAAAGUGGUAAUUACAAAUUAUCCUGAUUACUUACUGUUACUUUUGGAUGACAAAUAUUUAAAUAAAGACAAUAGAAAAUAAAUAUCAAUUGGAUUGCUUUAACUCAUUGUAUUCUGAGAACAGAAAAGAGAAGAAAACACAAUGUAACAUUAGAAAAGAAGAAACCAAGAUCUUCCGAAUCAGUGAUUUUUAAACACGCCUAACUAUUCCAAGUGUUGGACUCCAAUACUGAAUGUGAUGAUGAUGAAGUAAGAAAGCAAGCAAUGUUCAAUCCACUACUUUACUAACUCAUAUUGUAGGAGUGUGUAUUGUUGGCAUGUCAGCUGACAUGUAUUCUGUGACUUCAGGAGCCUGCUUAAUGCCUUUUCCACAAACCGGUCUCUGAUAUGAUGGGAGCAGAUGCUCUACGUGUAGCUUGUUGUCUGAGCUUCAGUGUUAGGAAGCUGCCUCCCUCAGCAUUAAGGAGCCACAACUCAACUGAAGGGAUCUCAUGAGUCUGCUUUUUACUCUCAGGUUCUCACAUGGUGUAAAGCAGGGGCAUCAAACUCAGUUCAGUUCAGGGGCCACAUACAACCAAAUCAAAGUGGGCCUGACGGCCCUAACCAAUCAAAUCACAGCACAAUAACCUUUAAAUAUCCACAACUCCAAAUUGUUCCCUUUGUUUUAUUGGAAAAAGAACAUUCUAAAAAUGUUCACAUUUAAUGAACUAUCUAUAAAGUAUAUAUCUAUAACCAUAGGCGCAAGUUAAACAAGUGUAUGCCUCAGUUUAUCAUUUACAUGUGUGCAUUACAUCUCACAGACAGUGUAUAUCAGGGGUCUCGAACUCAAGACCCAGGGGCCAAAUCCGGCCCGUGACUUCAUUUUAUGUGGCCCUGCAAGAGCUUGCAAAGAAUAU